AAGGGCGCAUACAGUAUUUUUGACAAAGGAGUCAGAGUUUAAAGGAAAAAAAGAACCCCAGCAAUCAUGCUGGUGAAGCCAAGGACAGCAGCAGUGGUUGGGGUCAUAGGUGUAGCCUUGGCAAUCCUUGGUGCUGGUGCUGGUGCUCAAGACCCUGAUGCAGACCCCCAGAGUCACACUUGUCUACCCACCAAGAAGUGGUCUAUCAAAGGGGAAGACGUUGUUGCCAAUUCCAGAGGGAAUGUUACUCUAGUGGCUUUAUUGUCUGCAUCCUGUGGCUUCUGCAUAAGACAAGCCUUUUUCAUAAGCCUACUGAAGGACAGGAUGGAACAAGAGGGGCAUUAUUUCAAUGCAGCCAUUGUGAAUGAAGCCAGUAUGCUGUCUAUGUUGUAUAGUUUGAAGCUACAAGAAGCAACUAGCCUCAAGAUCCCAGUGUAUCAAGAGACUCAUCAAGACCCGGUGUGGGAAAUUCUGGGAGGAUCCAGGGAUGACAUCCUUUUGUAUGACAGGUGUGGUAGGCUGGCUUUCCACAUCCCAAUGCCAUUCAGUGACAUUCUCAGCCCAUUCCAGUUUGUUCAGAAGUCAUUGAAGCAAGUGCUGGAGAACAAAGACUUGUGUGGACCUUGUCAAGAUGAAGCAUUAGACACUGAAGAGACUCAAGAGGCCCAACAGGAGCCUCAACAAGAGCAAAUUGAGGUACCUGCAGAAAUUGUUCAGGAAAUUGAAGAAAUCCAGCAACUGAAGGAUGACUUGCCCACUGAUGAGGAUGAAAUUGAAGAAAUCCAGCAACUGAAGGAUGACUUGCCCACUGAUGAGGAUGAGCCCAAGAAAGUCCAGUGCACAGUGGUAUUUGAUGAGACAACCUCGACAAGUGUCACAAACUGCGAAGACCCAGCAGUCGUGCUUCAGCUUCCUUCUGACUUGGACGUGGUCAAAGAGGUUCUACCUCCUCCAAUGGAUGCUUUGGAAGAGACUGAAAUCGACAUUAAGCUCCAGAGGCUGGAUGAUGUCGAUGGAGAAGACUUUGCAUUGCCUGCCACGGAUCUGGAGCCAUUGAACAGAGCUGAACAUGCUCCAAGUUUCCAUUGA